AUGGAUGCAGAAAAUAAGAGCAGAGCAGAUCUUGCUCUCCCAAACCCACAAGAAUCUCCCAGUGCGCCUGACAUUGAGCUCUUGGAAGUAUCUCCUGCCGCUGAAGCUCUGCCAGCGAAGCCAGCGCCACCCCCACCACAGCAGACAUGGCAGACAGUUUUGAAGAGUGAUUUGGAGUUCCUGGGGGUAACACAAAUUCUGGCUGGUUUGGUAUGCCUUUGUUUUGGGACAAUUUUCUACUCCUCAGUGCACAUUUCAGACUUUGAUGACGAAGUGCUUCUAUUGUAUAGAACAGGCUAUCCAUUCUGGGGACCAGUGCUGUUUGUUUUGUCUGGAUUUUUGUCAGUUAUGUCUGAAAGGAAAAAUACACUGUAUCUGGCGAGAGGAAGCCUGGGAGCAAACAUUGUCAGCAGCAUUGCUUCGGGAAUAGGGAUCAUCAUCCUGAUCCUCAACCUGAGCCACAAUUCCACCUAUCUGAAAUAUUGUAAGGAUCUAAAUGAGGACGAUGGCUGCUUUGUGACUGCUUUCAUCACAGAAAUGGUGUCGAUGAUGCUGUUCCUCACCAUGCUGGCCUUUUGCAGUGCUGUGUUGCACACUAUCUAUAGGAUUGGAGAAGCAUUCAAGAGUAAUAAGGUCACAGAUGAUCGUCUUUAUGAAGAACUAAAUGUUUAUUCACCAAUUUACAGUGAGUUGGAAGACAAAGGCGAAACGUCUUCUCCUGUUGGUUCAUAA